AUGAACAAUCAAGAAGAAAGUAAUAGAGAAAUAAUACAUACACUAAUAAAUGAAAAUAAACAUAAAAGAGCAUACAAAGAAUAUAAAAUAUAUUUAAAGGGAGAAGAUAUAUCCAAAGUAACAGAAGAACCAUCUAAUCCAUCAGGUCAAAAACAAGCCGAAGGACAAAAUGCACAAACGAAAGUAGAUCAACCAACAAACUCAAUUGUACCAGUAGUACCAGAAGAAGCAGGAGCAACAUCAGGAGAAGAUACAGCAACAACAUCCCAGAAAGAGUCAAAUACAGCAGACAAGCAAAAUACCCAAGGAGCAACUCAACCAGGUACAAAGGAUAAUCAAAAAACACAAAAUGGGGUUGACUCUGCUACAGGACAAAGUACAGCAACUACAGCACAUACUGGUUACUCAACAGCAACAGAUAAACAGUCAGACAAAUCAAAUGGAAAAGGAAAUACUGUGCAAGACGGUACAACUCAAAAUGGGCAAGUGACAGCAGGAGAAGGACAAAAAGAUGAAAAAGGAGAAAAUACACAAACUUCUGGACAAGAUGAAAAAGAAACAGCAGGUGGAAAGUCGGGACAAGGAAGUGGUGAAGAAGGGAAUAGUCAAAAACAAACAAAUGGAGAAGGAACAGAAGAGAAAAAAGAAGGAAAAGACAGUAAAAAUGAACAAGGUGAUAAUUUUGUUGAUGGAGCAGGAAAAGAACCUGGAACAAAAUCAAAAGAUGAACAAAGUGGAAAACCAACAAGUGGAACAACUGAAACAAAAGACAAUACCGAAACAACAAAAGGACAAGAUGGAAAGGAUAAAUCAGAAGAAAAACAACAAAUAAAUCAAGAAGAAAAGAAAAAUAAUACUACAAAUACAACAGACACCAGUUCUGAAAAUAAAACAGACGACAAAACAAAUAAUAGUCAUGAUGAACAAAACGAACAACAUAAUAUGGAUAAUGCUUCAAGUAUUUUCAUUAUUCUUUAUGUCAUCACUCUAUCUUUGUUAUUUUAA